GUCUGUGGCGGGUCGGGAGGCCAGCGAGGCGCUUCGCACACCCCCUCCCGCGAGCCAACGUCGGGCGACGGAGGUGGAACCUGGAAGCCCCUUGGCGCCGAAGCAAAAGCGCUUGAGGAAGGCUGCGGCAGAAGCAAUGACUGAUGGCGGAGCAACUGAGGCGGAUCAACUGGAGGCCCCAGAGAGCCCGAGUGCCAAGUCUCACAAGGCGUCUGAGGCGACAGCCGCUACUGGCCUCGUUCCGAUCGCAGAUGCAUCGGUGGAGGACACGGGGAAAGCUGCCAAGGCGAAGGCAAGCCCAAAGAAGCGGCAAUCCAAGGCUCGCAUCUCUGGCGAAGAGAAGGCCAAAAGCCCCACCAAGCGCCAAUCGAAGGCACGCAACUCCCUAGCACAAGCCGCUGCAGAGGAAGACGAGGAGGGAUGGCCGCCUGUACACUCCGACAGUAGUGGUGAAGAGCUUGUCUGGAUAGGGGGCGGCCAUGCAAAUGCAUCUCCCAAGCCUCGGGCGAAAGCCAAAGUGCAGCCCGGCCAGGAAGCGGCUCCGAAGAAACCGGCAGAGGCGCCAGCUCCAUCGGUGCCAGCUCCUCCAGCGCCAGCUCCGGCUGCGCAGUUUCCAUUGCCUGGCCGACCAGAGGCCGUCCAACCAUGCGGAGCUCCGCCCUGGACAUCCUCCGGGGGAACUUGUGCGCCUUCACUGGCGGUGCAGGUUGUGCAGGCUGACGCGACGGGUGUGUCCCAGGGCGCCGUCUCAGCGACCGAGGGGCGUGCAGCGUCUGUGAUACGAAGCUAUGAUCACAGAUGGGAAGGGAUCAAGGCACCAUGUGGAGGUCGUGCCAUCCCUUGGAACCCGCCUAACGUGGAGCCUCAGCCAGCACGGGUGCCCUCCCGUGCGGCGCUACGGAAUCAGCUCCGCGUGGGCACCAGCUGAGGCGUUUGCUCGGGCCGUUUGGGACAACGAACAGCC